ACUCGUGCCAUAUGUUGACAGACUAGUGAAACUCCUUCAAAAAUCUUUCUCAUUAACUGCUUGUGUGCUAUUCAACAACCUCUAUCUGGAUACGAGGCUGUCGCUGAUUACGUGAAUAGACUUGGAGCAAUGAUUGAUAAUCACUUACGCGUUCUUGUGGAAAAAGAAGCUGAAGCAAUCUUAAGAAGAUGUAAUUUGUCAGAAAAGAUGCGUCUCUUGCAGAAUUCAAUACACAAGGAAGGGGAGAAUGAAGUCGGUACCCCAUUGGCUGAGAGGGAGGACACUAGUCCAGCCAUUCUUUCGGAGUGUUUGAAAGCUCUGUUUGGUCUUAUUUUGGGAAGUGAAAGUUCCCUGCCGGAAUUUGAGCAGAUGCAGGUUCCAAGAUUGCGUUCUGAGGCUUCUAUAGGCGUGGCCAGGUCAUUGGCCGAAGCUUACGAGCUUAUUUAUAAGGCUAUUAUGGAUCCCAAAAAUCCAACUUUCUUGACCAUCAUUUGA